AUGAGUUUAUGGGGCAUCACUAAGCCACUAAGUGCUAGUUUGAAUUGGAGGAACUUGAUCAAGCUGAGAGAUGAAUUUAAGCAGGGGAUGGUUUAUAAUCUAGGGAAGGGAGAGAUCUCAUUUUGGCAUGAUCCCUGGAUUGAAGGAAAGGCAUUGGUGGAGUUGUACCCUUCUGCCUGUAUUUCUGAUGCAGACAUCCCUAAAAAUACAAGGGUUAAAGAUGUUUGGAGAAGAGGAAAUUGGAACUUUCCUGACCCUUUUGAUGAAGUAACUGAAGGAAUGUGGAACAUGAUAGCAGAGAAGCAUAGCAUCCAGGCUGACAGGGAAGAUAGCAUCAGCUGGAACUUCAUUAAAAAUCGUAUGUUUACUAUUAAGUCUGCUAUGAAUCAUAUAAGACCUCAGUUUGAUGAGGUAUCCUGGUGGAAAGUCAUGUGGAGAACUGGAUGUGUUCCAAGACACAGUUUCAUUGCCUGGCUUGCUGUGAAGAAUAAACUGAGAACUAGGGAUAAGCUAAAGAGAUGGGGCACUAUUGAUAUUGAUGAUUGUAUGACUGGUAGCAUUUUCAAGAAAGUGUUGCGGGCUUGUUUGAUAAACAGAGAAGUUGCAAAUUGGAGAAGGGAAUGGUCCUGGUUUAGCAGGAAAACUAUGGGAAAGAGUAUCCUGGCUAAGAUCAGAAGGAUAGCUUUUAUGUGUGUGAUUUAUAAUAUCUGGAGAGCUAGAAACAUGAUUAUCUUUGAGAAAGAAGAUAUUACAGAGGCUAUGGUCACUGCUAUCAUCAGGCAAGAAGUAAUGCUGAAGAUGUUUUCAAGGAGGAGUAAAUCCCUGAUGUUUUAUCAAUUGUAUCAGAAUUGGCAGAGGGUUGUUGGAAAUAGUUUGCAAACCUCUGCCUCGGACAAGCUUUGUACCAUCAUGACUACUUGGAAGCAGCUCAAGUGGGUGAUGGGAUCCCCUGUUCCGUUGUAA